UUCAAUUCUCACGGCACCCAAUUACCCAGAUCUAGAUCGAAUUCAAAAAAAAACCUAGAAAAACUCCUUCUUCAUCUUUGGUUUUGCGAUUUCCAUAGUCAAUCUUCCCCCUUCUACACAAAUCUUACCCCUAUUAACUCCGUUCUUCAUCUUGGUCUGGUCCUUCGCCGCGCGGCCACCGGAAAAAUUUAUUGCUCUCUCCUCCGCGAACCUUGUUGCAGAAAAGGGGAGGGAGGAAGAUGGAUUUAUAAUACGAAAUUGAGGUACGAAAUUGAGGUCUCCCUGCAAAUUGAGGUACGAAAUUGAGGUCUCCCUGCAAAUUGAGGUCUCCCUGCAAAAAUACGAAAUUGAGGACCCCUUGCUGGUAUUGCUAGUUUCUUGAACCAAAUCAUCCAUUUGACCUAUCAAGGUGUGAUUUCUUCCACUAGUUGUAUUGACAUCAUGGAUGCAGAAGAACGUAAUGAUGAAAUAGAGGAGGAAAUGGCUAUGCACAACAUUUAUGAAGCACUACAGGCAAUGGAAUAACAAGAUGCUUCAUCUUCACAUGUGACAUCAUCAAUAGGCAAAAAGGUGGGCAGAGGUCCAUCAAAAGGGGUGAAAAACAAAACUCCUAUGUUUCUUACUUUUAAUGAGUUCGGCCAACCUGAUGGUGAGUGGGCACAUGCCUAUGGCGUACAAAUUGGCAUAUGUGUUCUUAAAAUUGAUAUCAAUGAGCCAUCAUAUCCAAAGAUGGAAGGUGUGACAAAACAAAACUUUUGGGAGGAGACAAAGAGACUCUUUCACAUUAUUGAUCUUGACGGUCAGAGGGAAAAGUCAUUCCACAAAGUAGUUGCGGCACGUUUUAGGAUCUUCAAGUCGAGGUUGGUUGGUCGUUGGAUCAAGUUUACGAUUAAGCCUCCGAAAAACAGCGCACACUUGAUGCCAUGGCAAGUUUACAAGGGCUUCAUCACCGAGGAACAAUGGGAAAAAUUCAAGUCAAGUAGACUACAACCUGACGCUGAGGAAAAGAGAUUGAAGGCACAAGGAAGUGCAAAGCAAAACAAGCAUCCUCAUCACAUGGGUCAGUUGAGUUACCCUAGGGCCGUAAAGAAAUGGGAGAAAGACAAAAGACUCCCUCCUUCCACUGCAUCAUCAACGGCCUCUACCACCUCCUCUUCAGGGACAUCCUCGAUAUCUAGUAGGGUAACUAACCGCCCAAUACAUUGGGUAUUAGCUCACCAAAAGAAAAUGCCUGACGGGACGUGGGAUGUUGAUCCAAAUUAGCCUGAUACACAACGGAUUGUCUCUCUAGUUAAUGAGAAUUUGGAGCAACAAAACAAACAACAAGAGGAAGGGACAUUUGUUCCAGAACGAGCUGUUGAUGCAUUAACAAAGGCUCUUGGAAAGCCUGGCCGUCAUGGGCAUGUCAAAGCGCUCGGUGGUAAUGUUGGGUACGAAAAGGCAUUUGGACCACUAGAUAGAAAGGCAAGAAUGGCGAGUCAAAGUGUUUGUUCCUCCGAAGAGUUAGAUGCAUUAAGGUCUUCCUUGACCCAAUUUGAGGCCACAUUUGAAGAAAGAUUGCAAGAACGGGUGGCACAAGAAGUCCAAAAACAUGUUAAGACCAUGAUGGAACAAAUGAGUGGUCUACACAUGCCUAACUUAGGCACACCUAACUUAGGCACGCCUAACUUAGGCAUGCCUAACUUAGGCAUGCCUAACUUAGGCACACCUAAGUAUCACACCAACGUGACAAAUUCAUCACUACCAUUCCGUGAA